UAUAAUAAAACAUGGAAGUGGGAGUAAUGCAACUAGCCUACGUGGUUGCCAACUGCCGUAAAACAUCUAAGAACAAGCAUUUUUUUUGCCAAAACAGCAGGUGGCGGUAAACGCUUUUCAGGUGUGCAUGAACUGCUACAGACUCAGAAGGCAGAAGAAGGAAUGGCGACUGGUCACGACUCUUGACAAACAUUUUUUGUUUGUUUGGGAGAAGCUGAAUUUGGACUGUACAUUUUCUUCAACAAUGUUGAACAGGUAGACAACGUAACGACAGAACACGUGUUUCUCACAUCUAGUCUGAUCUAAACUGAGAAUGGCUGAAAUCAUCGCGGUGAACAUCAUCUCGCCCUCUUCUCCUCCUGUCACCGCCACCCUGCCUCCCUCACCAGUCCUGGAGGACUCUAGCCUGCCAUUGGCCUCUCUGGACAGUGAAGACUAUGUGUUUGUGGAAGCCAGGCACCCUAACAAGGUCCUUGAAGGCCUGAACAGUCUGCGACUCAACAAUGCCUUCUGUGACGUGACUCUGUGUUGUGGGGGACAAGAGUUCCCCUGCCAUCGCAUUGUACUAGCAUCUUUCAGCUCCUACUUUCAGGCCAUGUUCUCCACUGACCUCAUGGAGUCCAGGCAGGAGCGGGUGGCCAUCAAUGGGGUGGAGCCUCAGAUGAUUGGCAUGCUGGUGAGCUAUGCCUACACAGCGGAGGUGGUCAUCUCCAAGGCCAAUGUACAGGCCCUGCUAGCGGCAGCAAACUUGCUGGAUGUGAUGGCUGUGCGAGAAGCCUGCUGCCGUUUCAUGGAGCGUCAGAUGGAUGAGAUGAACUGUGUGGGGAUCCACUGCUUUGCCGAGGCCCACUCCUGUACGGAGCUGGAGAAACGCAGCAUGGACUUCAUCCUCCAGCACUUCUGCACUGUCUGUCAGCAGGAGGAAUUCCUGUCUCUGUGUGUAGACAAACUGACAGAGAUCAUCGCCAGCGACCAUCUCAAUGUACUCCAAGAGGAGGCUGUGUUUGAGGCGGCCAUGUUGUGGCUGGACAAGUGUGCCACCCGAAGGCAGAGCUUUGAGAAGGUCCUGGAGCACAUCCGCCUGCCUCUGAUUAGCCCUUAUUACCUCCAUGAUGUGGUUGAGUCCCUGGAGGUGGUGAGGGAGUCGCAGCGCUGUCAGAGGCUCAUCUCUGAGGCCAAGGACUACCUCCUGCUGCAGGACCGCAGAGGAGAGCUGUACUGCCCCAGAGCACGCCCACGCAGGUCUACAGGGACAGCUGAGGUGAUUGUGACUGUGGGCGGGGAGGACGACAAGGUGGUCCUGCGUAGCGUGGAGAGCUUUGACCCCCUCACCGGCCAGUGGAAGAGCCUGGCCUGUCUGCCCUUUGCUGUCAGCAAGCAUGGCCUUGUGGUGUCAGGCUCAACUCUGUACCUGGCUGGAGGAGAGUUCCCUGAUGGGUCAGCCAGCAGGGAGAUGUGGCGCUACGACCCCAGCUUUGACUCCUGGCUGGAGAUGGCACCCAUGAACGUAGCUCGUUCAGAGUUAGGUCUGGUGACGCUGGAUGGGUAUGUGUUUGCUGUGGGAGGCUGGGAGGGCCGCUCUCGUCUGGACUCUGUAGAGUGCUACAACCCUCACACCAACACCUGGCAGUUCAUGGAGUCAGUCAAGAUGGCUGUCACCAGCCCUGCAGUGGUGGCCCUAGAUGGCCUGCUCUAUGUUACAGGUGGGGCUGUUCUAGAGGAAGGGGAUGGCACAGAGAUGGCGCAGGUGUACAAUCCUAAAACCUCAGGGUGGACAGAAGUCGCCCCCAUGCAUAUUCCUCGCUCUGGAUCAGCCUCCUGCUCUCUGAAGGGAAAAAUCUAUGUCAUAGGUGGCUGGCAUGCCUCUGUUGAGAACACAGACAAGGUGGAGUGGUACGACCCCAAGACCAACCAGUGGACCAUGUGUUCCCCCAUGAAGGAGAGGCGCUACCGGCCUGGGGUGGCGGUGGUGGAUGGAAAGAUCUACGUCCUGGGAGGGGAGGAAGGCUGGGACAGGUACCACGACACCAUUGAGCGGUACUGUGAGGAGACGGACACUUGGGAGAUCGUGGGGGAGAUGCCCACCAGCCGCAGCUGGCUAAGCUGCGUCUCCCUCCAGAUUAGGAAGGACGCUCACGGGGGGGGCCACCCCGGCACGGCUUCAGAGACUGAGUUCUCUGUGGACUGACAGGGGAGCCCUAUUAUGCCUUCUGUAGGAGAGCUCAGUGCAUCUCUGCCAAACAGUCUUCAGACAGUCACCUAUCCUCUUUUCAGGACAUUGCAGUUCUGCAUUCUAGAGAGGAUCACCAGCAGGCAGCUACCUUGGCAUGGUGCCCUCUUGUGCCACUCAGGACACGGCACAUCACUGUUUCUCUGAACCUUAGCUACAGGGAAGAGAAAUCUUAAUGCCUUGUUGACAGCUGCGGAAAAAAAUAGGUUAUUUUCUCAAUUGCUUGUCUCUUCACAGUGGCAGCAAGAGAAUAACGUCACCUUGUGCGUAUCUAUGGUAAGUGUCUUUAUGGAUGAAUUUUCCAUCCCUCUUGUCAAACCCUUGCUCUUGCUGUCUAGAAUGUGAAAGAGUGGAGUCAGGGUGUGUCAUGGUUUGGAUGUCAGUUGCCUUUUCAGUGUAGAUAUUUUCCUCACCAUAGUGUAUUUUUGUACCAUAUUUUUGUGAUGACUUGUAUUUAUUUUGGUUAAGAUAUGAGAAUACCCUUUGAAAAAAAACAAAAAACAAAAAAAAAAACAGUAUUUUCCCAAGU